GGAGGCUGGGCCAGCCAGGACAGCUCACUAAGGGCAGAACUUUCUCCUAAGCACCUCAAGGCCAGACCUUGAUCAGGUACUAAGCUUGCUUCCACCUGCUUCCUCUAGUUCAUUGCUUAAAUUUGUCUUCAGUGAGGCUGUCAAUAUGGCUCAGUGGUUAAAGGGGCUUGCCACUAAACCAGAUGACCAGAGUUCAGUGCCCAGGACUUACAAGGAAGAAGCAGAGAAUUGACUCUCACAAGUUGUUUUCUGACCUCCACAUGCACACUUGGGGCAUGAGUGUGCCCACACAUAUAUCACACACACACACACACACACACACACACACUAAGUAAAUGUAUAUUUAAAAAAAAACUUGACAAGUGAAAGGGUUUGUUAAUAGAUUGCUGAGACAGACUGGAAGAGUUUCUGAUGGAAUAGGUUAGGGGUGAACUGGAGCAAAACGUUUCAAAGUUCCCAGGAGACAGGGAGGCUACAGCUCUUGGACUGUAGUUGUGAAAGAGCCCCGCACAGAACUUUGAUUCCUGUUCAUCCUCUUCCUCAGCAUGGGAAUAAAGUCACAGCACAGAGGGCUGGAAACCCCAAGGCAGAGACCUGAGCACCUUGGACUUCAUUUGAGGUACCCCUGAAGGAUUCGGGCAGCUGGACACUAGUCAGGGUAGAAACAUGGAAGCCCGUGGAUCCUCAGUGUUUCUUGGGUACUUCAUUGGUUGGCACUAUUGACCUGUUUUUUCUUUCUUCAACACAUGCUGAUUUGGUGCUGGGUCUGAGGUGACAGAGGAGAAAAAAAAAAAACAAACAAAACAAAACAGUGUGAUCCUGUCCCUUCAAAGACGGUCUGGUGACUAGGAAGGAAAUAUUCGAACUGUUAAUAACUGUUCUCUGGACAGAGUGUGGGUGAAGUGGGAGGAACCCUGGCAUCUGAGUUACUAGAACCUUCUUGGGAGAAUUGGCAUUUAGACCCAGACUUGAAGGGUUUUCAAGAAUCUGGAAGAUAGAAGGGGUAUGUUGUUGAACUCAGUCCAGAGAGUAAAAAAAUGACCAUUUGCAUCAGAUGAACUGUACUUGCUUGCAAGAGACCAUCAAGAUGCAGCUGUUGACUGCUGACAUUUCCUCAUAGAAGUUGGGGGUGGGGCUUGUUGGUUCCUCACCUGAGCCUCAAGCCCCUCCUUCCAGCCUUUUGUAGUUAAGUCUGCCCUAAUUGCGAACAGGAGGUGCUAGAGUAUAUAGGCUGGUAAAGUUGACACAAGGGAGCUCCUGCCACUGACUGAAGUCAUUGUUUCUGUUGAAUGACGAAUGACCUGCAGCUGCUGCUUUGGGGUCGCUCAGGUUCUUGUCAGCAACCCCUCAACAAUAUUCUGUGAGUCCAGCACUCUCAUGGGUUCCCAGGGUUAACCUUGUCGUACCUGUGCUUUGGUUUGUUGUUGGGACCUUAGGAGGAAGGAGUAAACUUUUACUUCUCGGGGAAGAGAUUCUUGAAUAGGGUUAUCAGGGACCAAGCAACAGAACUGAGAUGUGACAUUCUACAGAGAGAAGUGGCCCGGAAGGCUUGCUAGGUAGUUCUUUUGCCACACCUGGCUCCUUCCUUUUGGGUGGCUCAAUUUCUGUCACCCGGCUUGGUUGCUCUUGAGCUGAUGUGCCCCAAGGCUCGUUCUGACACCUCUUUCCUCUCACACCCUGACCCCUGAUCUCUGCUCAUGACCUGGGUAACCUCUGCUGGCUCCACAUGGUUGGCUGUAGGCGUCGCUGGAUUCUUGCUGGUGAACAGCACACUGCAGCAUCCCGAAAGGUUACCUAAGCCAUGAGGUCCAUGACAGGUGCAGUAUGAAUGGUUAAUGGCUGCUGCAAACCAGAAGUUUCUCUGUUCUGCUUCUGACUCCACAACGUAGUAACCAACUGACCUAAUGACAACACUCAGCUCACAAAGCUGCUCUGUCAUUCACAGUGAGAAUCAACUGUCACUCCGUGAAACCGAUAUUAAGUACUUUAUUUGGAUUCUCUUGAGAGAUGGUGUGUACCCAGUUCAAGGUUGCCAGUGUUAGAGCCAGGUCUGGAGGCCAGACUUCUCUAAUGCCUAAGCUAUUUUCUUCACCUCGCAUUCGGCCUGUCCAUCAAAUAACAGGCAAGGGAAAGGAGGACGGUAAAUUGCAGGAGUGUAACCACUUAAGAGACAUUAAACAUUUUUCAUCAUUCACCUUAUUUUAGUGUGUACUUCAGUGCCUAUGUGAGCCAAGUCCACAAUUUCUCCAUAUUGCUGUUUCUACUUUUAACUUCCCUGACCAGAAACUCUUGGGUACUUCCAAAGGCCACGGUAGGAAGUAGGUGUUGUAACUAUGAUCACCACCCACUCAGCUGACAAGCCGGACCGUGGAGCAGGUUGUCAAAUAUCAGGCGUGCGGAGGGAAGUCCCCGGCUACUUCAACUAAUUGCCUAUGGCUUUCUGGACAGCAGUAGAGCGCUGUUUGAGAUCAGUUAACUCUCCUACCCCCACAGCACGCAACACACACACACUCCACCAAAUGCUCUUUUUCCAGUUAUGGCUGAGAUGUUAGGUUCAGUAGAUGAGGGUGCCUGCCAGGUACCUGGCUGGGUGAGCACCGCCCAAACUGGUCGGGCUAGUUCACCCCGUGUCUGUUUCUGCCAGGACUUGCCCUUGUGUAGGGAGGGUAUGGACCUACCCUUCUCCACAGCAACACUGGUAGGUGGAAGGCGCUGUGGGCAUUAGUCUGGCAGUAAGACCAGAUGGGUGGAGCUGAAUUAAUCUAACCUGGAAUUUCAACUUGGCCAGUAACAACAGGUGAGGGGUGGAAGAGAAUCAGCACAGAGAAAUGGACAGUUUGGCAAGUUGGAAAUACUCAUGUGUCUUGCCCUUACCCACUGCCUAGACUUUUUCAAAGUGUCUGCGAUAUUUAGGCCUCGGUGAGGACAUGGGCCCUCGAAGAAUGAGUUCAUCCCAAAUCUGCCUAGGUUCCUCUCCGCAACGCUCCCCUUCUCUCUCCUCUGGGAAGCAGGGCGGGGGGUCUCGGAUUAGUCUUUGUUUUAGAAGCUAAAGAGCCAGAGAGCAGCGCCGGGGAGACUGGCAAUGGCAGAGCCCUGAGGUCGGCCGGGGCAGGGCGCUCGGCUGUGACCCUCAUGCGGAUGCCAUGCAGCAGGCGCUCGAUCUCUGCCCUCGGGCACCCACUUCUUGCCGGUCAGGCUGACUCGGUACGCAAACCCGCGAUGAUGUCCCCUAUUGUCCUGCCUCGGUCUGAGAGGCAGCCGAGGAGGAGAAAGGGGGUCGGUUGGGCUCCGGGCAGCCAGGCGAGCGUGGGGCGUCCCGAGCACGCAGGGAGUGGCAGGAAGUGGGGACACCCAGGCGGCUGGGCCAAGGGCCUAGCUGGGGAGGUCCGCGCCCCGCCCCGCCCCUCCUCGACAGCUUGGGCUGCGGGCCCCGCCGGAGGGCAGGGAAGGGCCAGCCGGCGGGGACAGCCGCAUCUCUGGAGGGCCCCUCGGAGAGGCCUGGGGAGGCGCUGCAGGCAGCGUAGCCUUCUCCAUCAUCCUGACCCAGGGAGGGGAACUCCUCACCCUAAUCUGCCCCACCACACACCCACUGGCUCACCUCAUGCCGGAGCCCGGGGUGGGUGAGGGUGAAGAACCCACCCAGCCAAGAUGAAAUCUUCCUUGGGGGCUGCUGCUGCUACUGUCUUGCCCCAGAUCCUGGGGCCCUGCAGGUGGGAGACUGGUCCUGGAAGGAGUCCCGCGAGCCGGCUGCAGAGGAGGUGAAGAGGGUUAAGAAGAGGCGCCCAUCCCAGAGGCGGAAGCUCUUUGCCUUCACCCUUGUAGACUUGUUUAGGAGAGAAGGACCUGUUUGCAGGCAGGAGACUGGACAGUUUAACCUGGCAUCUAUGCCCCCUUCCCUGGCAACGGCAGCGUCAUGAGCCAGUUUCAGGUGCCCUUGGCAGUCCAACCGGACCUGUCAGGACUUUAUGAUUUCCCGCAGGGCCAGGUGAUGGUAGGGGGCUUCCAGGGGCCUGGGCUUCCGAUGGCUGGGAGUGAGACCCAACUGCGAGGGGGUGGAGAUGGGCGAAAGAAAAGGAAACGGUGUGGGACCUGCGAUCCCUGCCGACGUCUGGAAAACUGUGGGUCUUGUACCAGCUGCACCAAUCGUCGAACACACCAGAUCUGCAAACUCCGCAAGUGUGAGGUGCUGAAGAAAAAAGCGGGGCUCCUUAAAGAGGUGGAAAUAAAUGCUCGUGAAGGAACGGGGCCCUGGGCACAAGGGGCGACUGUCAAGACAGGCUCAGAGCUCAGCCCAGUUGAUGGACCUGUUCCAGGUCAGAUGGACUCAGGGCCAGUGUACCAUGGAGAUUCAAGGCAGCUAAGCACCUCAGGGGCGCCCGUCAAUGGUGCUAGAGAGCCUGCCGGACCCAGUCUUCUGGGAGCUGCGGGUCCUUGGCGGGUAGACCAGAAGCCCGACUGGGACGCUGCCUCAGGCCCUGCUCACACCGCUCGCCUGGAAGAUGCCCACGAUCUGGUGGCCUUUUCGGCUGUGGCCGAAGCUGUGUCCUCUUACGGGGCCCUUAGCACCCGGCUCUAUGAAACCUUCAACCGUGAGAUGAGUCGUGAGGCUGGGAACAACGGCAGGGCACCCCGGCCUGAGAGCUGCUCUGAGGGCGGUGAAGACCUGGACACGUUACAGACGGCCCUGGCCCUGGCGAGGCAUGGCAUGAAACCACCCAACUGCAACUGCGAUGGCCCAGAGUGCCCUGACUACCUCGAGUGGCUGGAGGGGAAGAUCAAGUCUGCAGCCAUGGAGGGAGGGCAGGGGCGGCCCAGGCUCCCAGGCACUCUGCCUCCGAGUGAGGCUGGCCUUCCAGCCCCAAGCACCAGACCACUCCUUAGCUCUGAGGUCCCCCAGGUACCUCCCCUGGAGGGCCUGCCUCUGUCCCAGAGCGCCCUGAGCAUUGCCAAGGAAAAAAACAUCAGCCUGCAGACAGCCAUCGCCAUCGAGGCCCUCACACAGCUCUCCUCAGCCCUCCCUCAGCCUUCUCAUUCCACCUCCCAGGCUUCUUGUCCACUCCCUGAGGCCUUGUCCCCUUCUGCCCCUUUCAGGUCUCCCCAGUCCUACCUCCGGGCUCCCUCGUGGCCCGUGGUUCCCCCAGAGGAACAUCCAUCCUUUGCUCCUGACAGCCCAGCCUUCCCUCCAGCAACUCCAAGAACUGAGUUUUCUGAAGCAUGGAGCACUGACACCCCUCCAGCAACACCCCGGAACUCCUGGCCUGUACCUCGCCCAAGCCCCGACCCUAUGGCUGAACUGGAGCAGCUAUUGGGCAGCGCCAGUGAUUACAUCCAGUCAGUAUUCAAGCGGCCUGAGGCCCUUCCCACCAAGCCCAAGGUCAAGGUUGAGGCCCCCCCUUCCUCCCCUGCUCCAGCACCAUCUCCUAUUUCCCAGAGGGAGGCUCCCCUGCCAUCUUCAGAGCCCGACACCCACCAGAAGGCCCAGACAGCGCUUCAGCAACACCUUCAUCACAAGCGCAACCUAUUCUUGGAACAGGCCCAUGAUGCCUCCUUCCCUACUUCCACAGAGCCUCAGGCUCCUGGUUGGUGGGCCCCACCAGGCUCACCUGCCCCACGGCCUCCUGACAAACCACCCAAGGAAAAGAAAAAGAAGCCCCCUACCCCAGCUGGAGGUCCUGUGGGAGCAGAGAAAACCACCCCUGGGAUCAAGGCCAGUGUCCGAAAGCCCAUUCAGAUCAAGAAGUCCAGGUCCAGGGACAUGCAGCCCCUCUUCCUGCCUGUUAGGCAGAUUAUUCUGGAAGGGCUAAAACCCCAAGCCUCCGAAGGACAGGCACCUACACCUGCCCAGCUCCCCGUCCCGCCCCCCGCCUCCCAGGGUGCUGCCUCCCAGAGCUGUGCUACCCCUCUACCCCCAGAACCUUCUCUUGCGCUGUUUGCACCUAGUCCCUCUGGGGACAGCCUGCUGCCCCCUACUCAGGAAAUGAGAUCCCCCAGCCCCAUGGUAGCCCUGCAGUCAGGCUCCACUGGUGGCCCCCUUCCCCCUGCCGAUGACAAGCUGGAAGAGCUCAUCCGGCAAUUUGAGGCUGAAUUUGGGGAUAGCUUUGGGCUUCCUGGCCCUCCUUCGGUGCCCAUUCAAGACCCUGAAAACCAAUCAACAUGUCUCCCAACUCCGGAGAGCCCUUUCGCCACCCGCUCCCCCAAGAAGAUCAAGAUUGAGUCUUCAGGGGCUGUGACUGUGCUCUCAACCACCUGCUUCCAUUCAGAAGAGGGAGGACAGGAGGCCACUCCCACCAAGGCCGAGAACCCACUCACACCCACCCUCAGUGGCUUCUUGGAGUCACCUCUUAAGUACCUAGACACACCUACGAAGAGUCUGCUGGACACACCUGCCAAGAAGGCCCAGGCUGAGUUCCCCACCUGCGAUUGUGUCGAACAAAUAGUGGAGAAGGAUGAAGGCCCAUAUUACACUCACCUGGGAUCUGGCCCCACAGUAGCCUCUAUCCGGGAACUCAUGGAGGAUCGGUAUGGAGAAAAGGGGAAAGCUAUUCGGAUCGAGAAGGUCAUCUACACGGGCAAGGAGGGGAAGAGUUCUCGAGGCUGUCCCAUUGCCAAGUGGGUGAUCCGAAGACACACACUGGAGGAGAAGCUGCUGUGCCUGGUACGGCAUCGGGCGGGCCACCAUUGUCAGAAUGCCGUGAUCGUCAUCUUGAUCCUGGCCUGGGAGGGCAUCCCUCGCAGCCUUGGAGACACCCUCUACCAGGAGCUCACCGAUACCCUCCGGAAGUAUGGGAACCCUACCAGCCGGAGAUGUGGCCUCAAUGAUGACCGUACCUGUGCUUGCCAAGGCAAAGACCCCAACACCUGUGGUGCCUCCUUCUCCUUCGGCUGUUCAUGGAGCAUGUACUUCAAUGGCUGCAAAUACGCCCGGAGCAAGACGCCACGGAAGUUCCGCCUCACAGGAGACAAUCCGAAAGAGGAGGAGGUGCUCCGGAAUAGCUUUCAGGACCUGGCCACUGAAGUUGCUCCCCUAUACAAGCGGCUGGCACCCCAGGCCUAUCAGAACCAGGUGACCAAUGAGGACGUGGCAAUCGACUGCCGUCUGGGACUGAAGGAAGGGAGGCCCUUCUCUGGGGUCACAGCCUGCAUGGACUUCUGUGCCCACGCCCACAAGGACCAACAUAACCUCUACAAUGGGUGCACUGUGGUCUGCACCCUGACCAAGGAAGACAAUCGCUGCGUGGGCCAGAUCCCCGAGGAUGAGCAGCUGCAUGUGCUACCCCUGUACAAGAUGGCCACCACGGAUGAGUUUGGCAGUGAGGAGAACCAGAACGCAAAGGUCAGCAGUGGGGCCAUCCAGGUACUCACAGCAUUCCCUAGAGAGGUCCGGCGGCUGCCCGAGCCUGCCAAGUCCUGCCGCCAACGGCAGCUGGAAGCCAGGAAGGCGGCGGCCGAGAAGAAGAAGCUGCAGAAGGAGAAGCUAAGCACACCAGAGAAGAUCAAGCAGGAAGCCCUGGAGUUGGCUGGAGUCACCACUGACCCAGGCCUGUCUCUGCAGGGUGGAUUGCCCCAGCAAACCCUGAAGCCCUCCCUCAAGGUGGAGCCUCAGAACCACUUUAGCUCCUUCAAGUACAGCGGCAAUGCUGUGGUGGAGAGCUACUCGGUGCUGGGCAGCUGCCGGCCCUCUGACCCCUACAGUAUGAGCAGCGUGUAUUCCUAUCACUCACGCUACGCACAGCCUGGCCUGGCCUCCGUCAACGGCUUCCACUCCAAGUACACACUUCCUUCCUUCGGCUACUAUGGCUUCCCAUCUAGCAACCCUGUCUUCCCCUCCCAGUUCUUGGGUCCCAGUGCCUGGGGACACGGGGGCGGCGGAGGCAGUUUUGAAAAGAAGCCAGACCUCCAUGCUCUACACAACAGCCUGAACCCGGCCUACGGUGGUGCUGAGUUUGCCGAGCUGCCUGGCCAGGCUGUUUCCACAGACAACCACCACCCCGCCCCUCACCACCAGCAGCCUGCUUACCCAGGCCCCAAGGAAUAUCUGCUACCCAAGGUCCCCCAGCUCCACCCAGCAUCCAGGGACCCCUCUCCCUUCGCUCAGAGCUCCGGUUGCUAUAACAGAUCCAUCAAGCAAGAGCCAGUCGACCCUCUGACCCAGGCUGAGGCCGUACCCAGAGACUCUGGUAAGAUGAGUAGAACGCCCUUGCCUGAAGCAUCUCAGAAUGGAGGACCCGGUCAUCUGUGGGGACAGUACUCAGGAGGCCCAAGCAUGUCCCCAAAGAGGACUAACAGUGUAGGUGGCAACUGGGGAGUGUUCCCUUCAGGGGAAAGCCCCACCAUUGUUCCCGACAAGCUCAAUUCUUUUGGGGCCAGCUGUCUCACCCCUUCACACUUCCCAGAUAGCCAGUGGGGACUGUUCACUGGUGAAGGUCAGCAGUCAGCCCCGCAUCCCGGAGGACGGCUUCGAGGCAAGCCAUGGAGCCCUUGCAAGUUUGGGAAUGGUACCUCGGCCUUGUCUGGUCCCAGCCUGCCUGAGAAGCCAUGGGGGAUGGGAGCAGGGGAUUUCAACUCCUCCCUGAAAGGUGGCCCUGGGUUCCAAGACAAGUUGUGGAAUCCUGUGAAGGUGGAGGAGGGCAGGAUUCCCACACCAGGGGCCAACCAGCUGGAGAAAGCCUGGCAGGCCUUUGGCAUGCCCUUGAGCUCCAACGAGAAGCUAUUUGGGGCCCUGAAGUCAGAGGAGAAGCUAUGGGAUCCCUUCAGUCUGGAGGAGGGGACAGCUGAGGAGCCCCUCAGCAAGGGGGUGGUGAAGGAAGAGAAGACUGGGCCUGGGGUGGAAGAGGACGAGGAGGAGCUGUGGUCGGACAGUGAACACAACUUCCUGGACGAGAACAUAGGUGGUGUGGCUGUGGCCCCCGCCCACUGCUCCAUCCUCAUUGAGUGUGCCCGUCGAGAGCUACAUGCCACCACACCACUCAAAAAACCCAACCGCUGCCACCCCACCCGCAUCUCGCUGGUCUUCUACCAGCACAAGAACCUCAACCAGCCCAACCAUGGGCUGGCGCUUUGGGAGGCCAAGAUGAAGCAGCUGGCGGAACGAGCGCGGCAGCGGCAAGAGGAGGCCGCACGCCUGGGCCUGGGCCAGCAGGAGGCCAAGCUCUAUGGGAAGAAGCGAAAAUGGGGGGGUGCUAUGGUGGCUGAGCCCCAGCACAAAGAAAAGAAGGGGGCUGUUCCUACCCGGCAGGCACUGGCCAUGCCCACAGACUCGGCAGUCACCGUGUCCUCUUACGCCUACACAAAGGUCACUGGCCCCUACAGCCGCUGGAUCUAGGUGCCAGGAGCCAGCGUACCUCAGCGUCGGGCCCGGCCCGAGCUGCUCUGUGGUGCUUUUGCCCUCAUGCCCGGGGGCGGGUUGGGGGUGCAGAAGUCUCUCUAUAUCUACAUAUAUGGAUACGCUUAUCAUAUAUAUGUAUUUAUGGUCCAAACCUCAGAACUGACCCGCCCUCCCUCCUCUAUUUCCCCAGCACUUUGAAGAAACUACGGCUGUCGGGUGAUUUUUUUUUUUUUUUGAUCUUAAUAUUUAUAUCUCCACGUUGUUUUAUUUUUUUUCCCCUUGUUUUGGGGGGCUUUUAUUUUCCUUUUGUUUUUAAAAUUUUAUCCUUGUAUAUCACAAUAAUGGAAAGAAAGUUUAUAGUGUCCUUUCACAAAGGAGCGUAGUUUUAAAUUCCAUUUAAAAUACGUAUUUAUUGGAUUUUUUAAAGCGACAAUAGUAAUGGGUUACAGGUGGGCAGAACAGGCCGGCAGCACUUCCUGCCUGUCGAGCCUAGCCUCCUGGGAGCUGCAGUUUCUCCCAGCCAUCUGCCCCCACAAACCAAGGUUAGCAUGGAGCCCUGGUCUAUCCCUUUCCGCAGGCUAGGGAGCCUUUGGGACCACCCCGUUCUCCUCUGUGGAACGGGGGAAGCUGCAGACAUCUGGGGGCCUGGCCUGAAGAUGCUGGUGUUAGAUGUCCCCAGAAACCAGGUUGGAAGUAGACAGCUUCAAGCUUGCUAGUCUCCACACUGAAUCCUCUCUGUCCGUUAUUUAUCAAGUCAUAUGAUGUCCUGGUUCGCUAGGCAGCACCUCAAGCUGGAGCAGGAGUCGAGAGGCUCCUAGGAGCCCUUCUCGUCCCGUUGAUAAAGCUGGUGAGUAUUGGGCGGAAGGGAGCUUAGUGGCAAUUUUCUUUAAAAUCGCCCCAAAGUUUGUCGAUACUGAAAAAGGGCUACUGUAUCUUUAGAAACGAGAAGUUGAACCCAAGCUGUGAAGAGCCAGUGUGCUGUGUGGCGCUCUGCGGGGCGCUCUCUGCGGUGCUGUGUGUGCGGUGCUGGAACCUGGUGCUGUAGUGUUGUGCUGGGACUUUUCUGACCCUCAGGGCAGGUGGCAUCCUGCCAGAGCUCAGCAAGCCAGUGUGAUGGCAGGUCACGCAUCGGCCUUAUUCCUGGAUCUUCACACGGGACGAUGGUGCAGUCCUCCCAGCCCUCGCAGGGUAUGGCCUACACUUCAUUUAAAGUGCCAGGGUCAGGCGUUUUCAAACAGGUUGCUAUGCUUUUCCUCCUUCGAGGGGGCCAGUUCUCCAGUGGAUCUUUCCUCUCCUCCCUCUCCCCUCUCCGCCUCCCCUGUAACACGCCCGUUCUAAAAUCCUGGUGCAUCCAUUCAGCUCUUUGAAAAUGAGAAAUGUUGGUGCUUUAAUUUCUGUGACAUCGACGAGAGAGAGAGGUCGGGCCUGACAGGUGGAGGUGGUGCUUGUCCGCAGCAGGUCAGUCCUCAUGGAGGGUUUGUUCUCAGAUGUCUUUGGCCGUGUUGUCAGGCCGCUCGUGAGGACGUGUGUGGUGAGUGGGGGGAGGCUUCAUCAGGACACACACAGAGUGGCAGCCAAGCCCUGAGACAGUUAUCUCGUGGUCAUAGCCAGGUUUGGUCUUCAUAAACUGAGCGUAGCAAUCCCGUGACAAUUCGGAAGGCAAGUCCGAGUCCCCAAGCUUCGUGUGGUGCCUUGUGCCAGAGCCAAGAGCCGAGCGGCCGGGUGUUGACUAGAGCCCUUCGGAAGCGCUGGCAGAGAGUGGCGAAAAGGUGUCCUGAGCAUUUUUUUUUUUUUUUGUGGUCUGGUUUUAACUGUAAAUAGUGAAAAGAUUUUUUUAAGCACUUUUGCCUAGAUUUAAACAGCAACUUGAAAAGAAUAAAAAAGUACAUUUUAACAUGUAAUUGUGGGAGAAACUGUAAAUAGUAGUUGAAUAUUUAAUGCUUUGUCAAUCCACCUUUACCAUAUUCUGUAAAGUGGCAAUUAUUUUACAGGACAAAAAAAUGAAAUUAUUAUUGCUUUUGAAAUAAAUACCCAAGAGCUUAUCAGGACUUAGAAUUAUUCAGAAUUCAGAUUUAUAGGAAAGCCUCUGACCCUCUGUUUGACAAGCUAAAGAGGCGGAGUCUUUAAGGCGCAUGCUAAUUUUCUAGUUUUGAGGGAGAGCUGGGUCCUUUAAAUGCUAUUUUGCCUAAAUCGCAUCAGUGCUUUUCCGCAGGUCUCAUCUGACUCCGUGCUUAGGUAGAUGCGGGGGUGCCUUGAAAAACUUCAUUUUAAAGAAUCUUAAAUAGUGAUAAUUGUACAAAGCAUUUGGAGAAUGUGACCGCAUAUGCGGCCCAUGGAAGCCCCAGGUUGGCUGUUGGCUUGCAAGGUCCUGAGCGUGGCCCAGGCGAUCCUGUUGUCGGCAGUGUGUGGAUCUCUCUGACGUGUAUUCAGUAUGCUCCAAUCCUCCUCACCCUUUGGUAGCAAAGCCAUUAGAUGAAGAAUGGAGAAACCAGUACAAGCUAAAAAAGCAUGUGAUGUCUAUCCCCCAAGCCUGCACAGCCUCGUUCAUAAGCUCUGGGCCAGGAAACAGGCUGCCGUGAGGUGAGGCAGGAGGUGCUCCACGUUGGCCUUUCGGGUCCUAGCGAGCUCUGUUUCAGGGCUCAGGGCUGUAGCUGUGCUUGAGCCCGUGCUGAUUUUCACACACUACAUAUAUAACCUACCUCAAAUCUGUCGUUGAAAUGAGCAUGCUUUAGACGUGUAUUUAAGACGUAACUAUGCACAGUUCUAUAUCCCCCAUCCCUUGCUGCUGAAGGCUUCUUAAAGAGAAAAAUCAAAUUUUUUAUUUUUACUGGCACUAUCAUUUUUUUAAGUCCUGAAGAUGAUUGACAAGACAUUUUUAUCAUGAGAAGAAAAAUUAAAAAAAAUAAAAAAUAAAGCCAUUGCAACUCAAGAACCUGACGGCAUGAGCGAGUUCCAAGAGUAGCGUUUUAACUAGGGAGAUGAUGGCUUCGGAGUCUGCUCCCUGUGUGCCCGUCCGUCUGUCCGUCCGUCUCCACGGUCCACAUGCAGUGCAAGCGUUUGAUGCCCCACCCCCAGCUUUCUUUGUUCUUUGUUUUUCUUCUCCCUGCCUGCUGUGUGCAAGAGGACUUUCGAAGUUCUAACCCGAGAGAUUUUCUUUUAGACUAUGUCAUUCUGCAACAGGAUCUGACAGGAUAACUGGUGCUAGCUGGAGAAACCACCCGUCAGUAGCCCCGCUGAGGGUGUCACGUGGAUUUGGGGGAGGGGGUUAGUUUGAAGUCUGGUCUUCAGUGGGGGCUGAGCACCCCAGCCCAGCCCUCCCGGGUGCUGCUUUGCUUUUUUGCUCUGGUGGCCCUGGUACAUGGGAAGGGAUUCUGCCUUCUCUGGCCCUCCCGCCUGCUGCUUAAGGAAGCAGUAGUUUGCAGAGCAAGGGGUUGUUCGCGUGCUAAAUGGUAAGGACAGACAUAGCAGAGCUUUGUGGCUCCGUAGCUAAUGGCAGUGGAUGUGUGAGCGUGGUUGACAGUAGCUGAAAACCCAGUGUCACAGAGCGAGGAGACGUGGCUGCCUCAGAUGUCAAAGCAAGGCCAAGCUGGUGGAAAACUGAUGUAUCCCUGAUGUGCCUCAACCAGUCUCUUUCCUUUUGUUACUCAAGUGUGUUUUCUGGACUUGGAAGCAUUUUUAUGAAUUGAAAUGGUCUAAUAAAUGGUGCUAUGGUGUUUCAAUGUGACUGUCCCUGAUCUCGUCUCCCUGAGGUGCUAUCAACGUUUGAAACCACAACCAACCAAAAAAACGAGGUGGGCUCCGUCUCUCGGCUUUUCUUUCCUCUUUUGGUGCUGUCUUUGUAGACCUCUGUUUACCGCGCUGUGUCUGCUCUGAGCAGCGUCCUGGGUCUGGUGUUUUGUUGUUCCCCUUGGUGUUCAAAGCUAGGCUCACGGAGGAGGCAGCUUGUUCCGUGCAAGGACAGCAGUGGCCCUCCUGUCUGGGCGGGCACUGUGGGUUUGUCUAUCUUCUUAGGCCAGAUUAGAAAGGGGAUGGUGGCUUUGAGAAGGAGAGGCAGGACCCCUGCCACUUCUUGUACAUCAGGUAUUCUCCUGUGUCCCAGGGUGCUAACCCUCGAGGGGGACAGGCUGUGGUCCAGGGGCAGCACCUUUACCUGGCCCCCGCAGGGAUGGGAUGGGCAAGACUUUGGGUUCUUGCUGCUCAUUGGUAGCUCCUGGUGCUCAGACUAAAGGCAGGUGCUUUUUUUUGUCCCUCAUUGCCACCAAGGCCGCUUUUAGUUGGUGCUAAACCUCUCCCCGUGUCCACAUAAGCUGACGUAAAGUUUAAGAACUCGACAGGAAGCUCCAUUUUUACAUCAUCCACUGUCACAAUUUUUUUUUUUAAAAAAUACCUCAAAAACAGGACAUUGUGACAACUUAGAUUCCAUGAGGGUAUGAUACUCACAGGCUGUCAGUGGGCUGACUUCCUUGACCGAGACACAUCUGGGGUCGCUCUGUGACAUCUGGGGUCGCUCUGUCCAUUCCUGAGCAGUAAAAUGGCAGAGUGCCGAAGGGAAGUAGUGUGGUUAGAUUUUUUUUUUUUCAGUUAUCUUAAGUUUUGCUUUUGAAUAAAAUGUGAAUCUCCUCUGUCCAUCUCAUUGAGCUUUCUGUCAUGGUUGCUGUCCUUUGAAACCCUUCGCAACACCUGGUUCAUCUGCUGUCCUACCAGGCCAACUUCACCACAUACCCUGGACCAAACUAACACUUUUGAGGUGCACACCUCAGCCCAGGCUCAUAGCCCACUCCUACCCAUCUGCAAAUAGUUGCUUCCAGGAGCGCCGCCUUCCUGAGAGGGCAAAGCAAUAGGCUUCUCACCUGAGGGAAGACCUCAGCACAGAAGCCAGGUUCUGGCUUCGUGCCUGAGGAUCAGUGAGCUGUUCAGCCUGCUCCUCGCUUGCUUCUGUUCUGAUAUCAGGGAUGCUUUCUGUAGGCUGUCAGUCAUGCUCCCCUCGCUCUGACGGCUCGUCAUUCAGGGGGAACCCUCACUCCUCACAUGGGGACAGAUAUAAUUGGCUCAUCUGGACAUCCUAAAUUUUCUUGAUUCCAAUAUAGAUUUGUUUUUAUUUUUUUCUUUUUCUUUUGGGGGUAGGGGGAGAGAGACAGGAGUGAUGUCAUUUAUUGUUCUUGUGUUUAAAAAAGCAAGGACCGGCUGUCUCACAGCAUACUAAUGCUUUAGACUUGAUCUAGAACCCUUGUACCUUUUGGAUGUGUUUUAUUUCUUAUCUCUUUGAAUUCCUGUUUGGUUACCUGGCUUCCAAUGGAGGUGAACUUAACAACCAUACUUGAAUAUUCCGUCUUGACUUUGUAAACUGUGGCUACUUGAAAUGAAGUUUAUCUGGGGUUGAUGGAUGAAUGGUAGGUUUUUGCAAUGUCUCAAGGCAAUAGGAUGUGUAUUAUUAAACUGUAGAUAUCUUAGUACAGUAAAUUUAUGCUGAUAAUUUUAUUUUGUAUAAUUUUUACCUUUUUGUUAAUAUUUUCCUUCCAGUUUAUUGGUUUGUCUCCUGAGCUACCGCCUUCCUUCCCCUUUCCUUCUCCCCCAGUGUUUCAGUAAAUUUAAUUUAGGGUGCCUAGAAAUUGCAAGUAUGUAUCCUUUUUUGAUUUGUAUUUUAUUAUAAUUUACACAAACAACUGGGUUUGUGAACUGUAUUACUCCUGGCAUCUUUAAAAUAUUGUGGGUGUUUUAAUAAAUUUUAUAUUUAUUUUUUGCACUCAAA